AUGUUGUUCAAGACAAGAGCUCUUCUAUCAGUCCUCUCAGAGCUCUUCUAUCAGUCCUCUCAGAGCUCUUCUAUCAGUCCUCUCAGAGCUCUUCUAUCAGUCCUCUCAGAGCUCUUCUACCAGUCCUCUCAGAGCUCUUUUAUCGGUCCUCUCACAGCUCUUCUAUCAGUCCUCUCAGAGCUCUUCUAUCAGUCCUCAGAGCUCUUCUAUCAGUCCUCCGAGCUCUUCUAUCAGUCCUCAGAGCUCUUCUAUCAGUCCUCAGAGCUCUUCUAUCAGUCCUCUCAGAGCUCUUCUAUCAGUCCUCUCAGAGCUCUUCUAUCAGUCCUCUCAGAGCUCUUCUAUCAGUCCUCUCAGAGCUCUUUUAUCGGUCCUCUCACAGCUCUUCUAUCAGUCCUCUCAGAGCUCUUCUAUCAGUCCUCAGAGCUCUUCUAUCAGUCCUCUCAGAGCUCUUCUAUCAGUCUUCUCAGAGCUCUUCUAUCAGUCCUCUCAGAUAAUGGUAUAAUAAAAUAUGAGGUGCAGUAA